UCUCAGAGAAGGAACUACUGUUCCUGGACAAGCCGGCAGCCUCUGGGAGCACCUACACGGCCCUUGGCCUCGGCUGGCACAGGGGUGCAGGGGAACUGGCAGCAUCAAGUGACCAGGCGGAUGUGCUCCUAUGAGAGUUCCUUCCAACCCGCCCAGUUCCUACUGCUGGUGGGGGUUCCAGUGGCAAGUGCUGUCCUUCUGGCCCAGUGCCUUCAAUGGCGCUGUCCUCGCCGGCUGCUGGGCACCUGCUGGAAGCUGGAGAGCCAAGAGGAGCCAGUGUCCCAUCCCACUCCCCUACCUGAAAGUGAGUCCUCCGGGGAGGGCCCCCCAGCCUUGCUGCAGGAGAUGGCUGCCUUCUACCAGGAACUGCACACGCCCACCCAAGGCCAGACUGUCAUCCGACAGCUGAUGCACAAGCUGUUGGUGUUUUCGGCUCGAGAGGUGGACCACCGCGGUGGCUGCCUGAUGCUCCAGGAUACGGGCAUUUCCCUGCUCAUCCCGCCAGGUGCUGUGUCUGUGGGCCGCCAGGAGCGGGUGGCACUGAUUCUGGUGUGGGAUCUGUCAGACGCCCCGUCACUGUCCCGAGCCCAGGGGCUGGUGAGCCCCGUGGUGGCGUGUGGUCCCCAUGGGGCCUCCUUCCUGAAGCCCUGCACCCUCACCUUCAAGCACUGUGCCCAGCAGCCCAGCCAAGCCCGUACCUACAGCAGCAACACGACCCUGCUGGAUGCCAAGGCCUGGAAGCCACUGGGGCGGUCGGGAGACCACAUCUCCCGGGAUGAAUGUCGCAUCCACCUCUCCCACUUCAGCCUCUACACCUGUGUGCUGGAGGCCGCUGUGCGCAGGGAGGCCCGGAAGUGGCUGCAGCUGGCCGUGUUCUGCUCCCCGCUGGCCCCCGGGCAGUCUCACCUGCAGCUGCGCGUCUACUUCCUGAACAACACGCCCUGUGCCCUGCGGUGGGCUGUGACCAACGAGCAGCCGCACGGCGGGCGCCUGCGUGGGCCCUGCCAGCUCUUCGACUUCACCGGGGCCCGAGGGGACCAGUGCCUGAAACUCAAAUACAUCUCCGAGGGUUGGGAGAACGUGGAUGACAGCAGUUGCCAGCUGGUUCCCCAUCUGCACAUCUGGCAUGGAAAGUGCCCCUUCCGCUCCUUCUGCUUCCGGAGAAAAGCAGCCAAUGAGAACGAGGACUGCUCAGCACUGACCAAUGAGAUCAUUGUCACCAUGCACACCUUCCAGGAUGGCUUGGAGACCAAGUACAUGGAAAUCCUCAGAUUCCAGGCAUCGGAGGAAGAAUCCUGGGCAGCGCCACCCGCUGUGACCCAGCCACCCCCGUGCAACAGGCUGCCCCCAGAGCUCUUUGAGCGGUUGCAGAUGUUGUUGGAGCCAAACAGCAUCACUGGCAAUGACUGGCGACGACUGGCCUCCCACCUGGGGCUCUGUGGUAUGAAAAUCCGGUUCCUGUCCUGCCAGCGCAGCCCCGCGGCAGCCAUCCUGGAGCUGUUUGAGGAGCAGAACGGCAGCCUGCAGGAGCUGCACUACCUCAUGACCAUCAUGGAGCGGCUGGACUGCGCCUCCGUCAUCCAGAACUAUCUGAAGGGGACGCAAAGCGGCAGCCCACCCCGGGUCUGCUGGGUCACCCAGGAGAACCAGGGCCUGGAGCUGGAUGAGAAGCUCUGA